CACAGAUACAUAGAGGAACAAAAUGGGUUUCCAAAAGCAAGGGUUGAUGUGGUUAACAGGGCUUUUGUUUCUUGAUAUUCUUGUGUUAUCCAUGGCUGAUGACCACCAUUACGAAUUCUUUUUGCAAGAAUCCCGGUGUACAAAGCUGUGUAGCACGAAGAACAUCUUGACUGUAAAUGGAAGCUUCCCAGGGCCUGAGAUUAUGGUUCGUAGAGGGGACACAGUUUUUGUCAAUGUCCACAAUCAAGCAAACAGCUCCGUUUCCAUCACGUGGGAGGGCAUUGAGGAUUCAAAAUAAUGGUUCAAAUCAAUUAAUCCAGCCAGGCAGAAACUUCACUUACCAGAUUGAUUUAGGCGACCAGAUAGGGACUCUUUGGUGGCACGCUACCAGUGUAUGGGCUAGUGCCACCGUCCACGGCGCCUUUAUCAUUCUGCCGGCAGCCAACGAGGACUAUCCUUUCCCUGCACCCGAUUCUGAUAAAACGAUUAUAAUCGGAGAAUGGUUCAGGCAGGAGUUAACCGAAGCCAAUCAAACCAUGGCCGAUGCCCAACCCGAUGCUUACACAAUAAAUGGACACCCUGGAGAAACAAAUGGAUGCGGUAACGAUACAACGUUCGAGUAUCAAGUAGAUUACCAGGGGCUUUUCAUUGUUCGCAUAGUAAAUGCUGUUAAUGAAACAAUGGAGUUUGGUAUCGCAUCCCACAGUCUCACCAUUAUUGGACAAAGAGGGGCUUACAGCCGACGUUCCUUUACAAAUUCCCUGACCCUCGCCCCACACCAAGUUAUUGAUGUUUUGUUCUGCGCAAACCAAAAUCUAGGCCAUUAUUACAUCACCGCUCGACCUUCCUCCGACACCACACGCUCUACCGCCGGAAUUCUACGAUAUACCACUAGUACUUAAUUUUAGUUCUACACUAUCCAAUGUUAAGGGGUUUGAUUAAUAUUGUUGAUGUUAAAAUAAGUGAUUCGGUAUGAAAUAAUUUGUUGUCUGAUGGAUGUUUGUUAUU